GGCCACGCUCGCUACUCCGCUCCUCCUCCUGGGAGCGCUGGGGGCGGAGCCGGGCCGGCGCGCGGAGCUCCCGCCCCUCUCCCGGCGGUCACCUGGGGCCGGGCGCAGCAGGUGUCUGGUCCCGCGCCCAGCGCCGGGGACGCGGAGCGCGAUCCGGAGUCCCGCCGCGCGGGGUGGCCCCAGGAGGUGGCGGCAGGGCCGAACCCCGGAAUUCCAGAGGCGACCGCAAGGACACAGCCCGCGGAGGAAGGUCCCGCUGGCAGGAGAUGUGCUCGCUUCGCCCCACCUUGUGCAAAUGACUCGGAGCUUAGUCACAUGGCAUCUGGAAUGCCACGUACCAAAAUCAAGAUCCCUAAAGGAAGUAAAACUGAGAUUAUCAGCUAAGAAGGACCUACUGGAGAAAGCAGAGGAUGGAAGCUAAAAUGAAGCAGUGUUUUAUCGUAUGUACUUCAGCAGACCUUCUGCAGUUCAGCUAAAACCAUGACUGCUCUUUCUUCAGAGAACUGCUCUUUUCAGUACCAGUUACAUCAAGCAAAUCAGCCUCUAGAUGGUAACUGUCUGCUAUUCUUGAUUAUACUUGGGAAAAUAUUACUGAAUAUCCUCACACUAGGAAUGAGAAGAAAAAUCAGCUAUCAAAAUUUUAUGGAAUAUUUUUGCAUUUCACUAGCAUUCAUCGAUCUUUUACUUUUAGUAAACAUUUCCAUUAUAUUCUAUUUCAGGGAUUUUGUACUUUUAGGCAUUAGGUUUACUAAAUACCACAUUUGCCUAUUUACUCAAAUUAUUUCUUUCACUUACGGCUUUCUGCAUUAUCCAGUUUUCCUGAUAGCUUGUAUAGAUUAUUACCUGAAUUUCUCUAAAACCACAAAGCUUGCAUUUAAGUGUCAAAAACUAUUUUAUUUCUUUAUAGUAAUUUUAAUUUGGAUUUCAGUCCUUGCUUAUGUUUUGGGAGAUCCAGCUAUCUACCAAAGCCUGAAGGCACAGAAUGUUUAUUCUUAUCAGUGUCCUUUCUACAUUAGCAUUCAGAGUUACUGGCUGUCAUUUUCCAUGGUGGUGAUUUUGUUCAUGGCUUUUCUGACCUCUUGGUCAGAAGUUAUUGCUUUGAUACAGGCUGUUAGGAUGACUUCCUAUAUGAAUGAGACUAUCCUGUAUUUCCCCUUUCCAUCCCAUUGUGGUUAUACUCUGAGCUCUAAAAAAACGCUCUUGCCCAAGUUCAUUAUCUGUUUUCUCGGUACCUGGUUACCAUUUGUUCUACUUCAAGUAAUUAUCCUUUUACUUAAAGUACAGAUUCCAGCGUAUAUUGAGAUGAACAUUCCGUGGUUGUACUUCAUCAAUAGUUUUAUGAUUGCUACAAUUUAUUGGUUUAAUUGUCACAAGCUUAAUUUAAGAGACAUUGCAUUACCUGUGGAUCCAUUCGUCAACUGGAAAUGCUGCUUCAUUCCACUUACAAUUCAUAAUCUUGAGCAAAUUGAAAAGCCUAUAUCAAUAAUAAUUUGUUAAUGUUGCCAUGUUAAAACUGACAACUAUAGUAAGAAUCAUAAUUUUACAAACAGGAAAGGACAAAGACUGAACUGAGCUGAAGCUCCACUCCCCGGGCCCACCUUUCAUACCUUUUCAGAAUGUGUCUUUGGGGCUAAGGUAGUAAAAACCAAAUAAUUCCAAGAGAAUUUUGUUAUACCUAUUCAGGAACACUGCAUGUUACCAAUAUUAAUUUAACACAAAAGUGAAAUUAGUUAAUACUUGGCCAUACUGAUUUCAUGUCACCCGAAAAACUACUGGAUGCAAACAUGUUAUGUAAAUCUGAGAUUCUCUGCCAAUACUAUACAAGUGUAAAUAAACAUUUUUAUUGAAUUCAAAGCAAGAAAAUCAA